CACCAAGCUAGUAGAGACCUGAACUCGAUCUUAAUCCAAAUCCACUCCCCAUCUCCCCCACUCCCAAAUUCCUCGUCUCCGAUCGACAAAUCAGCCGGCCCUCCGUCGAGCUUCUCCGCUUCAUGAUCGCCGAUGAUGGCCUCCGCCUGCGUGAACAACGCCGGAAUGUCGCCGGAGCCCUUCCUCGACUGCUCUCUUGCAUGCCCCUCCUACGGCUGGCCCAGCCCUAGGAUCUCCUUCAGCCGGGACCUCGCCGACGACACCCCACCGAGGGUCGCCGCCGAGAAGCUGGAGGCUGAGACGCUGGAUCUUGAUGCCGCCGGCAAGGAUCUCGCCGACUUCGAGUUCCGCCUCGACGAUCCAGUGGCCAUGCUCCCUGCCGACGAGCUCUUCUCCAACGGGAAGUUGGUCCCACUCCGGCUGGCCACGGCUCCACCUCCGGUGGCGGCCGCGGACGGGAUCCGCUCGCCGGAGGCGACCGCGGCGCCGCAUAGUUCGGCGGAUGUUCUCGGAUCGGAUGCCUUCGUCGCCGAGUCUCCCAAGGCGCCGCGGUGCUCCAGCCGGUGGAGGGAGCUGCUCGGCCUCAAGAGGCAGCAGAGCCCCAAGCCGGAGCCCCAGAAGGCCAUUUCCGCCUCCACCCCUUCCAAGAACCCCAGCACCAAAUCUCUCCGUCAUUUCCUCCACCGAAGCACCAAUCCAAAAUCCUCUUCCACCGACUCCUCUCUGAGCCUUCCUCUCCUCCGCGACUCCUCCGACACAGAAUCCGUCUCUAUCUCCUCCCGCCUCUCCCUCUCCUCCUCCUCAUCCUCCUCCGGCCUCGACCACGAGGACCUCCCCCGCCUCUCCCUCGACGUCGACAAGCCCUCCCAGAUCCCGCUCUCCCUCGGCCGGAACCCGCCCCGGGUACGGGUCUCCCGGCCGAGAUCCGCCAUCCCGGAGGGCCGCCAACGGGCGAGGUUUGGCCGGAGCCCGGUCCGACGGCCGCCGGAGCCAGCGGAGAGGGGGGCGUCGGUGGACAGCCCGCGGAUGAACGCAUCGGGGAAGGUGGUCUUCCAGGGAUUAGAGCGGAGCUCGAGCAGCCCGAGCAGCUUCAGCGGCGGACCGAGGAUCAAAUACCGGGGCAUGGAGAGGUCGUAUUCGGCCAACGUGAGGGUAACACCGGUGCUUAACGUCCCCGUUUGCUCCCUUCGCGGCUCGUCCAAGUUCGGCUUCGGCCACCUCUUCUCUCCGCAGAAGAAGGAGAAGGAGGGAUUGCGGCAGGGAAGCAGAACCAAGAUCGAGAUCUAGGUCACAUCAAAGACGGAAUCAAAAAGGUGGUGGGAGUAACGAAAUUGAGGUAGAGGACGUGAUUUGAUCUGAUGGUUGGGAUUCCUUUUAAUAUUUUUUCUAAUACAACUACUGUGGUGGCAGGAGGGAGCAGGCUUUACUUAAAGCCUGAAGCUACUUUGGGUAGCAGGAUUCCCUUUUACUAUUUUUUUUACUCUUCUUUUGGCGUCUUUUGAGUCCGUGGUAGCUGACAACUCAGAUGCCACGGCCAUGCUUGAAACAAGGGGAGAGAGAGAGAGGAGCAGCAAUCAAGCAUUAUGAUGAUUGCCAACAACUAAACCUUUGUCCUCACUAUGAACAAAAGAAUAAAAAAAAAAAACCCUUCGUCCUAACUUUUUCAGGAGCCUGCGAUAACAUCAUCCAUGCUCGUUGAUCUCAUUACUUUGGAGCAAAUCAAAUUUCUAGCCCUAAACCCUAAACCACAAUGUGCUGUGAUAGCAAUUAUACAUCAUUCUGGGUUUUUGGUGGGGCAUGACAUCCUAAGUUAUGGACCAGGACCUGACUUCUAGGAGAAAUUAUCGCAUGCGCCAGAUGCAAAUGAACCGAGAUAAAUCCCGGGGAGUAUGCACAGCAGAGAGCACGAAAUCGGGAAAUGAUGAAAUACAAAGGGUUGCGUGGCCUAAUUGCACCUGGUGCAUGCAAUGUGGAGGCGACUUCCAGAGGAAUGUAUUUGAAUGGUAUGCUCUAAAGCGUUUGCAAGGCUUCUCCACUCGCAUGAGAUAAUUGGUCUCCAUCAGUUUUUAGCUUUUUAUAGAGUAAAUCUGUUUGCGUAGAUAUUAGCUCUUUUGUCCUUCUCAUAGACUCAUUUCACAAAUUCUUGAAGGGACUUGGAUGUACCUGCCACCUUCUCACAACUGGAAGGUUAUUUAAAUAUCUUUUACUUUGAAAAAGUUCUA